AUGAAGCAAAGUCACCUUUCCUUCGUAGGAGCAACCCUCCUCAGUAUCUUAGCCCCAGAAGUUACUGCCUUUCCAGGUGUACUCGAAGCUGCAACCAGAGCCAAAGCAGACCGUCGUAUUGUCGGCAGACAAGAAGCACCCGAUCUCAAUCCCACCUUCAACGAUAGACUGCAGCAUGUUUCUACCACUGGCGAGCAUGCUUUCGUGGCACCAAACCUUGCUGCUGGUGACCAACGUGGACCAUGUCCAGGUUUGAACGCAAUGGGUAACAUCACCCUGAUCCUAAAGGUCACGAUAGUAGGCUGA